UGCAGAAAGAGAGACAGAUAUGGCGGGAAAGAAAAUUGGAGCCCAAAAACUCUCCGCAUAAAGCAUCAAUUUUUCAUUCUUCUCCUCCUCCUCGGGGCAACCGACGAAUAGGUCUGUUUCGUCGUAUUAGGGUUUAGAUGGGCAGGUCCAAGAAAUCUAGGGCUUCGGCCAAAGAGGCAGCAGAAGAGGAAGAAACGAUUGGGACGGACAGCGAUGCUCAAUCCAACGAGAGAAGUCUGUACGAGGUUCUUGGUGUUGAAAGAACUGCUUCACAGCAGGAGAUAAGGAAAGCAUAUCAUAAAUUGGCAUUACGGCUACAUCCCGAUAAAAAUCCUGAUGAUAAGGAAGCUAAGGAGAAGUUUCAGCAGCUGCAAAAAGUGAUAUCGAUUCUUGGUGACGAAGAGAAAAAGGCGGUCUAUGAUCGAACCGGCUCAGUUGAUGACGCUGACCUUUCUGGGGAUGUCGUUGAUAACUUGCGAGAGUUCUUCCAGGCUAUGUACAAGAAGGUCACUGAGGCAGAUAUAGAAGAGUUCGAGGCCAACUACAGAGGUUCUGAAUCAGAGAAGAAAGAUUUGAUCGAGUUGUUCAAGAAGUUCAAGGGUAAAAUGAACAGGCUUUUCUGCUCAAUGCUGUGCUCUGAUCCCAAGCUUGAUUCUCACCGAUUCAAAGAUAUUCUUGAUGAAGCAAUUGCUGCAGGAGAAGUUAAAUCAACGAAAGCGUACGAGAAAUGGGCAAAGCAGAUUUCCGAAAUGAAACCUCCUACAAGCCCCUUGAGGAAGAGAAGGCAGGAAUCGUCAAAGGGUUCGGAGAAAGAUCUAUACUCGUUGAUUUCGCAGCGGAGGAAUGAAAGGAAAGACAGAUUCGAGUCGAUGUUUUCAUCGAUGGUCUCGAGGUAUGGCGGAAACGCUGAAGAAUCUGAACCCACAGAAGAAGAAUUUGAAGCUGCCCAGAGGAAAGUUGUGAGCCAGAGAGCUUCCAACAAGAAGUCUAAAAGGAAGUAAAUGAGGAAGGAUGAUGCUUUCUUGCUUUAAGAGUCUGUGUUUGUGCUCAGGAAGAAUGUUUCUUUGGAGAAACUUUGUAUAAUCUGUAUGAUUUAAAAGUUAAAAUACAUC